GCACGGUCUCCGGCCCCCGGAGGCGGGUAACCGCAGCUCGGAACGCGCGCGUACGUGCACGGCCGGCCGUUCGGCGCUGGAACGCAGCUUGGAAUGCUGGUUCGGAUGGGGCCACGUGACCUACUGCUGCCACGGUCGAGAAACGGGAUGUAAAUGUGGGACAAGUGAUUGGUUGGCAGUCGUAUCACUGCAGCUGGCAUGCAGAAAAGUGACUGAGUUCGAGGUGUUGUAGAACAUCUGUAACAAAGAAAACACUUGUUUUUCAAAGUCUCUAAUCAUGGGUGACAUGAAGACCCCAGAUUUUGAUGACCUUCUAGCUGCUUUUGACAUUCCUGAUCCAGACCUCGAUGCCAAGGAGGCUAUCCAGUCAAGCAGUGAGGAAUCGGAAGGUCAUCUGAAGCAAUCAGGGAUGGGUAUAGAUGAGUUGUCUAUACAUCACACCAUACCUGACGUACCAGUAGUAAGUGUCAUUGUUAAGAACACCAGUCGACAGGAAUCCUUUGAAUCUAUCACUGAGAAGGAUAGCCAUCAGCUCGGACAGAAUCUGCUUCAAAAUGGGUUUCGAAAUGCUGAUAUUACCUCCGAUUCCAAUAAUUACAACAAAAUGGUCACUGCCUUCAUCAAUGGAGAUAGUUCCAGAAACUACUCAAGUAAAUUUGACACACCAAGGACAGAAGCCCUACCAACAUUCAGUCAGUUUAGUCCUAUUUCUAGCCCAGAGCCAGAAGAAGGCAUGCAAGAUGCUGGAAUUGUGGACAAUAUUAAAGCAGACAAGGGGCCUUACCUUGGUUCUGUAGGCUUGUAUAUUUCUACAGAUAGUUCACUGAUGAACAAUACAAGAGAGCACCCUGAACAAGUUGUGACAGAGCUGAGCAUGUUUGAUGAAUACUCCAAAAAACGAGACAGAGCAAACGAAAUUAGAAACUGUAAAAUGAAGGAGGUGCCUUUAGGACAAAAGGCAAAUUCAACAAAUACUGCAUCUCAAGAAGCAGUGCAAGAGACCAAGGACUUUGACAAAAACAGCAGUUUAUUUGACAACUUGGAGUCUUCAUGUGACCUGCAUAAUAAUAGUUUAGAAGAGCCAAAGACCUGCAACGUUCCGGAAUCGAGCUUGUGCUCUUCUGUUCCACCCCGCCAGCGUCUGAAGUCAGCUCAUUCAAAACUGACCUCUUGUUUAGCAGCGUUGGUAGCUCUUAACGCCAAAAAAACAUCAGAGUUCCCAAAGGAGGAACACAAGGAAAAUUCUAAAGAAUCUUUGUUGAGUUUGAAGGAUGGUGUCAGGGGCAGCCCCAAAAUGGCAAAGUCACCAAAGAGUCCAAGAAGUCCUAUGGAAGGAGUGAAGAAAAUGACAAACAAACAAUCUGAUAGCCCAAGAAGUGUAUCCAGUGACUACAGUGGCAAAGGAUCCCCUUACGUUGCAACAGGUUCACCGCCAGCCAUCCCAAAAGUAAGGAUCAAAACCAUUAAAACAUCUUCCGGUGAAAUUACCAGGACCGUGACCCGGGUAAUGCCAGACUCUGAACAAAGUGAGUCGAGGAGUUCACCUGAACAGUCAGUGACUGAAAUGGCUUUAACUGAGGAUUUGAGCAUAAGAUCUAGCCCUGUGACCAGUGCACCAUCUCAGACCCAUGCUUCAUUAGCAAUGGAAAAUGUAAAGAAGCCAUUGUUAACUAAUAACAUAGCUAAUGCAGUCAGCUCACUGAAUAAUAUAUCAGUUAAAGGGACUGCUACCCAAAUGUUUGAUGAAAACAUAAAUGGCAACAGCAACUUGAAGGCUAUAAGUAUAUCACCUGAGAGUGCUAGCAGUGCCAUAAUGAAGGCAGCUGGUGUAGUCCAACUACAGAAGCAGAUGGGGUUAAAGCAAUCUUCAAAUGUCCCCAGUACGAAUCUCCUGCCGAAAGCUGUUCAUUUGGCAAGCCUCAACUUGGUUCCACACAGUGUUGCUGCCACUGCUACAGCAAGGUCCACUACUUUGCGACAGAGCCAACAAAAGAUUGCCACUCAGGUAGUCACAGUGCCACUGGUACAGCAAAUCAAGAAUGUGGUUCCACAGAAUAAUGAAUCUCCUACUUCUGCUCAAAGCAUUGUAGUUGAAGCUUUUAACAAACUAUUAAAUGGUACCAAUCCUGUGCCAAUUUAUGCUCCAAACCUUAAACCACCAGCAAACAGUAAUGUAUCCAUGCCAGCUCGUGGCUAUCGCUGUUUAGAAUGUGGAGAUGCAUUUGCCCUAGAAAAGAGUUUAUCACAACAUUAUGAGCGACGAAGUGUUCAUAUUGAGAUGAUGUGCAGCCAUUGUUCCAAAAUUAUAGUCUUUUUUAACAAAUGCAGUUUGCUAUUGCAUGCACGGGAACACAAGGGCAAAGGUGCUGUUAUGCAGUGCUCUCAGUUACAAAUGAAGCCAAUUCCUUCAGACCAAAUGUUUUCAACAACCCCAGUGACCUCUUCAGUGAUGUCAGGUACUCUUGCCCAGGAUGAGACCUCUGCUGUUGGCCCGGAUGAUGGGAAUUUGACAGUAAUUGGAAUGGGUAGCUCAGCUUUCGGUCAUCCUGCAAUGCCUCUGCACUGUGAUUCACUUAGAUUAAUACGUCAUGGGUUAAAAUGUUUAGAAUGCUAUCAACAAUUCCAGGAUUAUGCAAGUCUUGCAGGCCAUUACCAGCGGGUUACCGAUGAUGCUGAAGCACCGACAUGUCGUGUCUGCCAGAUGAUGCUGCCCAAUAGAUGCAGUUAUGCUGCUCAUCUCCGUAUUCAUACACACAAGUCCCCUUAUUGCUGUCCAGAGUGUGGUGCAGUGUGUCGUUCAGCUUACUUCCAAACUCAUGUCAAGGAGAACUGCCUACACUAUGCACGGACGGUAGCGUAUAGAUGUAUGCAUUGUGGGGGCAUCUUCAGUGAUUCAAACACAAUCAAGACUCACAUCCAAGUUUCCCACUCUGAAUCUUUUCAUAAAUGCACAAUUUGUCCAAUGGCCUUCAAGUCAGCCCAAAGCGCCAACUCUCAUUACAGCUCUCAGCAUCCGUUAGUUAAACAUCCGCCACCUGAAGUCAUCUUCAAGUGCUCAAUGUGUGAAACUGUAUUCAACCAGCAAGCCUUGCUACACAAGCACUUCGAGCAGCACAAAAACAAGUUGAGAAUUUGUGUUUACAAGUGUCCUGUGUGCAGACUGGUCUACAUGCACAAACAGCUGAUGAUGGAACACUUCAAGGAUGUUCAUAACAUUGCAGAAACUGCUGAAAAGCCUCCAAGCUCCGGGUCUCCAUCUAGGGGCACGUCUUGUGGCCAGACAGCAGAAGCUUCCGCAGCGCCCAUAGCUGCUAAUGGCUUAAACGAUGGCAAAAAGGAUGAGGCUACCAUGCAGAAGUCCGAUAGGCGGCCAAAAGUGAAAAAGCUUGGCUGGACUUGUGGUGAAUGUCUGCAGUGGUUCCCAGAACGAGAGCUCUAUGUAUCCCACAUGAAGCGAAGUCAUGGAAAGUCAAUGAAGAGAUAUCCUUGCCGACAGUGCGAUCGUUCUUUCAACUCCUCACACAGUCUGCGGAGACAUGUCCGAGUGAAUCAUGAUGGCGUCAAGAGAACCUAUACCUGUUGGUACUGCACAGAUGAAAAGCACUUUUUUGCCAAGCGCUUCAUGCUGGAAAAACAUAUCAACCUAAUGCAUGGCAUCAGAAACCCAGACUUCAGCCAGAUGCCGAAAGCUGUACACACAAACUCAGAUGCCAAAGUGGAGGACCUACCUGGCAAGCGCAUGGCAAGCGACUCUGAAGCAGCUGAGCAGCCCAGCUCUAACAUCAUAGCAUCGCUUCCCAAGAAGCUAAAGGUCGCAGUGUUCAAACAGUACAGAUGUUCCAAAUGUGGUUAUAUGACCAAGAGCAAAGCCGAUUUCCAGGAACACAUACCCCAGCACAAGACUGAUGGUUCAACUUUCCAGUGCUCACAGUGUGGCCUCUGUUAUACAUCGGCACUCUCCCUAAACAGGCACCUCUACAUCGUCCACAAGUUCAAAGAACCUGAAAAGCUUCAGGCAGAUGUGGUUAGUGAAAAUGGGCAAGAUGAACACAAUGGGGAGUCAAACACUACGUCAGAGGAAGAUGUAGAUCACCAGUGCCAAGUUUGCAAGGAUGUUUUUGACAAUGAAACAGCAUUGAGUGCUCAUGUUCGGACUCAUGGGAUGAGGUUUAUAUUAUCUAAGCAGAAUGGAGGAUCAGAACAGUGAUUCCAUCAGCACGAAGGAGAGAUUUUUCAAAUCCCCAAAUCUCCUCCAUCCUGGACAGGUCUGCAGUGAUAAGCCUGGUUCAUAGAUGCAUAGCACAGCAGCAUACAAACAAGUAAAGUGGUCCUCAUUCAAAGCUGACCAGUAAGAUUCUCCCUGCCCUUUCAAAGGUCCAUGACAGUGAAGCAAGAGUUGCUUCUGGAUCCCUCUUCCUAGUUUUUCUUUUUCUUGUUAGGUUUUGUACUUUGUACAACCCAAUGCACAAUAGAACUUUACAGGGAAAGCAAGCCAAGCAUGCUCUCUACAUCCUUCACCUCUCAGUGCCCUCAAACUUUGUGACUUUUUAUGUUUUCUGUGACUUACAUUUGUGUCAAGCCCAGCUUUAAGUUAAAACUUUCCACAAGCUUUUGUGUAGCUCACAGUCUACAAUGAGACAAAAUAAAAGCAUGCCCCAUUGCUUCUGUUCUGGACAAUAUUAUGCCAGAAUUGGGGUUAGAAAUCCAGUAUCUCUGUCUCUAAAAGCUAAUAUAGUGGCUCAAAGUGAAUGGUUCCCUUUUUUUAUAUUAAAAAAUUUGAAGUUCGAUGUGCAUGCCAUAAGGAUUCACAAUGUGAUGUGAGUAGUUUUAAAUAUCCUUAUCUCCCCUCCCUUAUUUAGAAAUAAGUAGAGAUACUGUGACGAAAUGUCUGCAAACAUUGGCAGUGCCCUUCUCAUCGUUUGUUGUGCCAUUGUACCUUUUGGGUUUUCAUUUUAUUUUGUGCCUUUUUAUUGAUUAAUUUCCUCCUUUCUUCUUGCCUGCUAACAAGGCACCCAAGUGCUUUCAGCACGUGCCUUCAGCUGCCUGUUACAGUUGGAUCCUCUGUGAACAGAGUAAUAGUCAAAAUACACUGUGUCAAACAAUUGCUUGUUGUAGAAUCUACUUUAUAAUCACAGCCUGAGGUUUCCACACCCUUUUUCUUUAUUCCAAUACAAAAAGUACUGGAAUGUCAUGCAGAACCAUUGCUCAAAAAAAAAUGACUAUUUUUCUGAGUUGUACCUUAAUGAGGUUGGUUCAGAUAAAUCCCACAGUACAGCAAGGCUGUGUCCCUUUAAAGACCCAUGUCUAAGAUAUAGGACCCCAGAGGUGGUCUUAUUAUCACCUGUGUGGUGACUCCCUCUCAUUUGUGAGGCCUUUAUGCACAAUGACAUUUUUUGAGAACUUUGUGACGUUGCUUCCAGUUAUGUAUAAUCACAUUUUUUUUCUGUUGCACUGCCUCUGAGUUGGAGACAGGCCCUCAAAAUCAUGGACUAACAGCACAAAGACAAGCUCUUUGGUCUUCAUUUGAUUCUGGUGAAUUAUUUCAACCACAAGACACCUGUUGUAAUCCCAGUCUCUUCCCUUCCAAACAGCUGAAUCAAUCUCUUUCCUUGUGUUAUUUAUAAACUGUGGCAGAGAGCUCCACAUUUUAAUGAACUGCUUUGUUUGUUUUUUAAAUAUACAAAAAUCUUUUCUGACCUCUCCUUUAAUUCUAAAAGGGGAAAAACCCAUUGAACAAGUUAGCCAGAGCUCCUCACAGCACCUGGUUAGAAGAAGUUUUGAGCCAUUGCAUUUAUUCCCCAUUAAUUAGGAAGAGCUGCAUGUUUUCAACUCUCUGGGUGAUUAGAGUACUGUCUAGGGGUUGGGGGGGCAGAUGGUAGAGUGGUAGAAACUAUGCUGUGCUGUAUUGCACAUCAAGGCAUAACUCCUCAAAAGGACCAGAUAACUUCAGCAAAGCUAGCUCUUUUUUUCUAAAACUCCCUGAAUAUUCUAAAACUAGGUACAAGUGGCAAAGCCAGUAAAAUAACCAUAGCUUUUAGACAAAACAUGCUGUUUCUUGGAAUUGGAAAUAUCUGCUCGGUAUUGUUCUUAGUUUAUUGAGAGAAGCUGGUUUGAAAUAGUUUCUGCUCUGAAAGCAGGAGACCCCCUUGCAACACCUCUCAUGCAGGAGGAAUUGCCAUAAGCUAUUAAGUCACCAGAAUUUUAAUUACAAUUUAGUUGUACUGUGGCACUCAAAUGUGUGGCUGUUAGCAGUGUUACUGACUUGUAACACUUUGCUCCUGAAUUAUAAUUUAAAUUGGGAAUUCUGGUAGACUUGCCAUUCUGGGCUGGAGGAGGUUUAUCUGAUCUGCUGUAUGCAUUUGUUCUUUGCAUCCUGUGCAUCAGACACUGGCACAAUACAGAAACCUCUUAGAGUUCAUGUUGGGAAUUUGAAUGGUACUCUCCUGAGAUAGCAUUUUGAGAUCUAGAAUACACAGGACCAAAUCAGAUUCAAAGUGAUCUUAUGAAUCACUAAUUCCUUGUUAAGAUGCAAGACAGUAAUGUCAGUUUUCCAAGGGCCAAAUAAGAGCAGAAUUUUAAAACAGGUAACCCAGAGCGAGAUUUUCCAUGUCUUCAAAAAGCAAACUGAUAUAAAAUUGACGAUUGCACAUUGUCCUCAAUUAAAUAUGAGAGAAAUUACUGAAAGCAUUAUGCAGAUUUUUUAAAAAUUAUUAAAUUGAAAAUCUUGCUACCGAGUUAUAAUUUCCACCAUUUUUCAUAAUUUGGAAGAAAUCAAGCAGUCUCUUUGAUAUGUUCUCAUUUUACACUGAAAAUAAAAUGAAAGUGUCUGACUCUGGUGCUGGUUACCAGAGACUAGUGUGGGUUUGUAAAAUCAUGUAACGUAGUCAAGCAGCUAACAACCGCUGAACCACUCCUUUUAGUUCAAUCUUUGAAACCUAAUAUUUUUGGUUGAGACUAGAUUUCAAGAUGCAGAGAAGUUUAGUAACUCAUUGGAGUUGUUUCAGAUGUUUCUUCCUGCUGACUGGGCAUUGUGGACUGAAGCAUGGUACUCUGACAAGUGCAAGGAGGCUGGGCCUUGUGCAGGUGUCCAAACGGCCCUUACAUUUUCCUCUCCUUCAUCCCGUCCAAAGUGGGCCUUGCUUGUCUGAAAAGUUGAAAAGGAUGUUUUCCUGCCAGCCUUGGUUGUGCAUUGGUUUGUUUCGUUUUCCAUCUCUUUGUGCCCAUUCAGAGUGGAGGUUCCAAGAGAGUGUCUCAUGACCUCGCCUUCCUUGCUGUAAAUCACUUCAGAGCACAGCCGUUUAAUGGGAGCAUCCUCAGUUUCUCUCACCCCUAUUGGGAAGAGUGACGCAUUCCUUUUUGUCCACUCAUUCCUAUGAAUCAGACGUUGUAGAAUGUAUGAUAUUGGUGUAGACUCCAAUUCAAUGUUUUCUUGGUAAAUGGGCAGUGCCAUUAAAAAGGAUGCUCAUUAUCCGGCUUAUGCACUGCCAUUCCCUCUUGUACCCUCAUGAAUGGCACUAAAGUAGUUUACAGGAGGACCAAAUAAAGUAUUUUAAUUUUUUUUUAAAGGACUGGUGUAAUUCCCUGCAUAAAUGACCACUGUACUGUAUCUUAAGUUUUAUAAAAUUAAUUCCUUUAAAGAAAAAUGUAUCUCCCAUAUUACUCAAUUUUAUAAAUUACUUUGGAGAUUUAUAUUUAAUUGUAGUCAUAUUGACUAAAGUUUUCACAUACUUUCUAUUUAAGUGCUGUACUACCUUACACUGUCAUGUUCACGUGAUCUGUGUUAUAUUACACUUAAAGGGGACAUUCCAGACUCCAAGCAAAACUCUGAGACACAUGUGCUUCUCUCUUACUGCCCAGGUUUUCCUACCAUGUGGUAUACUCUACUCGUGAGUGGUGCCCUACCUGGUCCAAAGAGGUUCUUAGCUUGUGUUUACUGUGUAGGUGAAUUUAGUAAACUUGUAUCAAUCCAUAGAGCUGGAUAUUCAGAAUAUUAAUUGGAGUCUGGAGUUUGCCACUUAAUAUUUUUGAGCCAGAAUUCAGCUCUAUUAUUUACUGAUAAACAGUCAAAAUAAUUUAAAAUAUUUAUCUAGAAUUCAGCUCUGUUCACUUCCUUAUUUCAGUGUCUUGAUACAGCAUAUACGGACAUUUGUACUUUUUGAUAAAUGUGUAUAGUAGCGUGUAGAGAGACGUUUUGCAAGGUAUCCCAUAUAGUUUGCUAAAGGUAGUUCUACAUGUUAUCAGGGAUCUUUCCCCACCCCAAGCCAUCACCCCUCUAUUUAAUCUGCAUUGGCCUCUGUGCCUUCUUAUUAUGUUUACUUAAAAAUAUUUCAAAUAAAAGCAACAAAGUGAAUUUAACAGCCUCUCCUUUACAGUUAUCUCUAUAUUGCUGUAAUCUGUCCUCUGUAAAUAUUUACUUAGUAAUAUUUAGCAACUAUCCUGUGGCAGUACUCUCAGUAUGUCAGAGGAUGCACUGUUUUAUAAGGCUAAGAACAUUUCACCAAAUAAAACGGAAUAUUAUUCUUCUGUAAAAUGUGUCCCCUUAAUGCUGAGAAGGCUAAUAAUCUCUGAAGUAAAUAUUUAUGUUGGGCAGUGCACACUUAUGGAAUAGUGGGGAAAGGACUUUAGGAGACGUGGGCCACAGAUGUUAAUAGCUGGCUACAGACUUUUUUUUUAUUCCCUGCGGACUUCAGACAUGACUAACACCAUUGCAAUUUAUUUAGACAUCAUAUGCUUUUGAACUAGCAAAAUAUUUGUCUAAGAUACUUCAUUAGAUCUGUAGAGUAGCUUUGAUUAAUUCAGAUGUUCUGUUAAUACAAAGACCUCAGUCAUUGAUUUCUGCAUUCCUCCAACACUGGCCACUUGUGCCGCUCCCACUUCCUUCAACCUCCCAUUGGCUACUCCACAGCAUCCUAACCUCAGCGAUUAAUCAUCCAAACCUCUCCAUCUCUUUUUGGACAUUCCUUUAAACCCAUCCCUUUAACCAAGCUUUUUAUCCCAAGUUCUAAUACCUCUCUGUAUCCUGCUUAUUACCAUUAGUGUAUUUCUGUAAGGGCCUUGGAGAGUUGCACUACAGUAAAGUAAGUGUAAAUUAAAGUUAUUGGACAAUUUUGAUAACUAUGAAAAUGUAUUCUAAUACCUCCAGUUUUCUAACUACAGUAGAUAGUUUUACAGAGCAUUGUGGUGAUUUUACCAGUACAAUUCUAUUCCUAGCAAUUCCAAUUCCCCAAUUUUUUUGGAACAGGAUAUUAAAGCAAGUCACGGAGACACACCAGACUGAUUUGGCACUAUACUGUGGAUGGUAGAUUUUCUGGCCUUCUAGAUACUGUGUUUAUAUUUAACAAAGUGUCAGUUCCUCGGAAGGCAGGUGUAAUACUGCAGCAAUUUAACCAAUAGUAUUCAAAAAAGGAACGAAUCUUGAAGAUCAGGUAAGUAGCAGACGGUUACUACAAAUCUAAUGGCAUCAUUUGAAUCCAGUAUUGAAUAGGAAUGCUCUGAUUAUUUUUGCCAGGACAUUGCAUUAAAAUCCAGUUUACAUAUUCUGUGAUCACUUUAUCUCUGCAGAUUACAUAAUGACAACUGGGUUGUGAUCACCUAACCUUAAGUUAUGACCUACCUAUUAUAGACCUUCCAAGAGUGCUGACUUCGAAUCUCUCUUUUUAUGUUAUCUGCUUAGAAAGGCCACACUUCAAUGAUAUUAUAUGAUACAAUUGAUAUUUGAUCAAUGUAUUUCAGUUCCAAGUAUAUCCU